AUGGUGAAUAAUGAAAUGGUGGAUGAUAAUGAAAGAGUGAACAACGAUGAAAGGGUGCACAAUGAUGAAAGUGUGAAUGAUAAAAGAGUUGACAAUGAAAGAGUAGAUGACGAUGAAAGUGUGGAUAUUGAAAGA